AUGGCGGCCCGGAAGUCAACUGAUAAUAUAGAGCGCGACACCGCCAGUCCAGAGGUUGAUGAGAGUCAAUUGAAAAGCGGAAAGGAGCCUGUGGAAUCAGGUGUGAAUGUCGAAAGAUUGGCUAAAGGGGUUCUACCUCCCAAUACAUCUAUUCAGAGAGAUGCCCUGUUGGCAAUUACAAAGGCGGCUACAGUCUUCGUGUCGUACCUCUCAUCCCACGCCAACGAGGAAACGGAGAAGAAAACGAUAACGCCACAAGAUGUUCUUUCUGCGCUGAAGGAAAUUGAGUUUGAUUCAUUUUGUCCCCGACUGGAGCGAGAAUUGGCGGUAUAUACAGAAGCCGCGAUUCGUAAACGACGGAGUCAAACCGAGAAAAAAAGUCGUGGAAAACCGCCAGACCAAGAUAAACCCCGUGCAAACGAAGGCGAAGAAGGGCCCAUCCCCAAGCGGAUCAAGAGGGAUGACGAGAAGCACAUUCUGGAGAAGGAAAUGGGUGAAGUUCCAGCGACUAUAGAAGAUGACACUGAGGGAAGCCGUGGGAAAGAUUCGCAUACCGAGGAGGUGGGACAGCGGACGGAGACCGAAGGGCAUGAGAGCAUGGAUGACGAGGAUGACGAGGAUGCUGAGGAUGCUGAAGAUGAUGAGUAUGAUGAGGAUGAUGGGGAGGAUGAUGAUGGUAAUGAGAGCACGGAUGUUGAAGGGAGUCAGGAUGAGGGGACUGGGAACGGCGGAUUCGCGACUGGGGCCGAAGAGCUUUCUGAAGAGACCGAUUCAACUGGGGCGGCAAAGUAUCCAGAUCUAGAUUCUGAUCUGGCCAGUGGGAGUGAUUGA